GUAGCGUGACUCCCUGAUCAUCGUGGAGGUAACAGGUGAAAACAGUCACACACGUUCCCCUGCGGUGAUUCCCCGGCUGGUGAAGCUUUAUUCCUUCCUGUCGCCACCGAUACGCGUGACAGCCGUGCAGCCGGUGAGUUGAUCCCCGUGUGGAAGCGGACAGACGCGAUGGAGAGGGACUGUACCGGUGCUGCGGAGGAGAAGGAGCCGGCUUCCCCCCGGAGGAUGGAGCUGAACGGGGACAGGUGCUCCGCUGACUCCCGCUCCUCCAGGACCGAGAGCUGCGGGGGUGAUGUGGCCAAAGCCCGGUGGACCCUGCUCAGACAGGUGCUGCGUCAGUCGCAGGCCGACAGUCCAGAGGUCAAACAGGCGUCUGUGCGCAGGUUCGCCACGUUUAACCUGUUCAGCAGGAAAAGGCCUGUGACACAAGACCCCAGUGAUACCUCAGAUGACCAGUGGGUGGAGUACAGAAGUGUGUGCUUUCCAGAGUACAGUGCCUUACUCAGGGAUAACCUGGGUCCUCUCAGGGUGAAUGAAGUGCUCAACAGUUUCGACAACACUGGUAACGUCUGUGUGUGGCCUUCUGAGGAGGUGAUGGCUCACUACUGUCUGCAGAAUCGUCACACCUUCAGGGGCGCAGUGUGUGAGUUAGGAGGAGGUAUGACUUGUCUUGCAGGGCUAAUGGUUGCCAUUUGUGCUGACGCGGAGGAAGUUCUGCUAUCAGAUGGGAAUGAGAAGUCCAUUCAGAAUGUGCGACAGUUGGUGGAGAACAACCGAAAAGCUGGAAAGUUUGGGUCGACUCGUGUAUCUGCCAGGGUCGUGAGGUGGGACUGUGAGUCGGACAUUUCAGCACUAGAGGGUCACUUUGACAUCAUCAUGUGUGCAGACUGUUUGUUCCUCGACCAGUACAGAGCCAGCCUGGUUGAUGCUAUAAGGAGAUUACUGCAGCCCAACGGCACGGCGGUGGUCCUCGCUCCGCUGCGAGGGGACACCCUGAGGCUGUUCUGUCAGUUGGCCCAACAGGCCGGACUCUGCGUCCAGCAGCACCAGCAGUACGACGCUCAGGUCUGGGAAGUUCACCUAAAGAUGCAGAGAGAAGGGAAAGAAGCCUAUGACGAGAACAUCCAUUAUCCUCUCCUCCUCACGCUGACCAAAGGACCGGUCAGCCUCUCUGUGUGAAACCAGUCAGCCCCAGUGUCCAACCAGUCCCACACUGACACCACAGAGGACACAAUGAGGUCUGAGGACCAGUAUUAGAAAAAACACUGGGGCUGCGUUUGUCUCGGUGUCGAGUCAAACAAAUCAAGUUGUAUUUGAGUUUUAUAUAUACGUCGGCCACUGAGAGAAUUUAUAUUAAUAAUUGAGUGUGUUUGUUUUGUAGUGUGAAGUGUUGGUGAGGAACAUUUACUGUGUGUGAGGAGGAAGAGGAAGAGUUGAGCACAUCCAUAUCUGUUCAUAACAGUUCUAACCAUCUGCCAUGUGUCACUCAACCAUUUGGUUAAUCAGCCGUCCAGGAAGGUGAAGCAGUCGGUCACCAACACAACCAACAAGCCAAUCAGUUUGUUCGGUCAUUUUUAAAUAAUCAGUGUCACUGGCUUAACCUCAGGCUACAUUCACACUCCUAUGUGUUUACAACAAUAUGUGUGAAAAGAAAGACUACAACACAGUCUCAUUCUUCUUCUCACCAGGGCCAGCAGAGUAUAGUGUGGACGACAGACAUUAAACUCAAAAAACUUAGAAGUGUUGAUGUAGCCUCAGUCAUUCCUACUGAUGAGGGGUCAGUCAUUCAGUCAGUUGACCAGGUGGGAUCAACCCUGUCACUGUGUUUGUGGCCCCCAGCUCCGAUACAUUCACCAUCACAGCCUGAGGAGCCGUUCACAGUUUCCUUUAUUCCUCCCGGUUCCCUACAUCUCCCACUUGUAUUCCUCGUAACACAACUCAUUCCCUCAGUCAGAGGUCAGUGUUUAGAUCAACAAGGUUUAUUAAAAGGGUUUGUGACGCGCUGGUGGAAGCUCAGAGUCCGAACCACCUUCAGGUAGCGUGUGUGUGUUUUUAAAGAGAGACAGAAUACGUGCACAUGUGACUCCUCACUCCUCGCAUUUAUUGAAAAGUGACCCUGAUACUGUGGAAUAGAUUAAAAAGGUCUAAGACCUGAUGCACAGAGAAAGAUUUCUGUGCAUCAGGUCUGUUUCUGUUUCUGAUAUUUCUCAUGCAGACCUCUCCGAUGGUCUCUUACCUCUUUUCUGCUGUGACUGAAGCAUUGUGCUCCACGUUCAUGCUUAGCCACACCUAUUUAAAAUGACUACAUAUGGUAUACUGACAAUUCAUAUGAUGACAAAUUGAUACAUAAUCGUUUAAUGGUUUGUUCAUUUGUUAUUGAUUAAGACUUAACAUUCUUUGUGUGACGGUUUCUUUCUGUUUCUCAUGUUAUCUCUCCAGAAAGAGGGAAAAGGAAUACUACAGUAUUCUUCCUGCUACUACACAGAUAAAAGAAAUCAUAAAUUUACUAAAGUGCAGCCACCCAGUAUCUGUUACCACAAGGAUAUUAAAAUAGGUUGCAAAAACAUUUUCAGUAUGAAUGUAAAAUCAACAAUAUUAAAUAGAACAAGCAGCCAUCAUCAGUGGACAUGCAGGACGAAUAUAUGAUUUCAAAUUUAUAAAAUACCUUCGUUUCAAAGUCCAACAAUCUCGAGAUUAAAAAAGUUUACACAUCAGAGACCGACUCUCGAUCCUCUGUUGGCCAUUUUUUUUUCCGAUCAACGCAGUUUUACUCAGGUCCCUUGCGUUCACCGCCCUCUUCUCUGAAGUGUUAUUGAGAAACAUGCCCAGCGUUAGCCGGUCACUCAAGCCUGAAGUUGUACCUAUCACUGGUCAGCUGUUUCCACAUUUCACUGUGAUCCACGCUGUACACGACAGCCGAGAAGCUAUGCAGUAUCUCCCAGUGGCUGGUGUUUACGUGUCUCAUGUAAUAGAAAAAGAAUAAUCCACCUCCAGUAAAGAGCAGUGUUCCCUCCGUGUUCCUGCUCUGAAAGGUAAAUUAAUCCAGUUUUAUCAGCGCUCUCGAAGCUUUGACGACUUAAAUUGCUUUGCAAAGGUUCAGAAGAGUAUUUAACUACAUUUUGUUAUCUGUAAUGCAGUUAGCUGGAUACCUUUGAUACCUGUGGGCUAACAUGCUGUAUGAAUACCAUCCCGACUGUGACUGUGAGACUCCAUCACUGUCCGGUGUGACAAUCACCACAGCUAACAGCGACGCCACGUUUACUGUGACGUCUGCAUCACUGCUUCUUGGGACAUCGACAAAAAUGUCCCCCCUGUUUAACACAUAAGCUGUUGUCAUGUCCCGUUCAGACCUGCUAUCAACACCCGUCCUGAGUGGUCAGCUCCAGAAACACGUCUGAUCAGUCGAACCGCGAGUGUCGACUCAGCUGACGUCCUCUGACCUGCGACAGUUAAAUUGAUUUCAAUCUCAAUCCGAGUAAGAACAGCUUCACGUGGUCUCCUCAUACAGAAAUGAUGGUAUGUGAUUAUUUGCAUAUAGAGCGGAGAACCGGGGUUUCCAAUCACACGUGGUCAUAGGAGACAUUUUAAUACCAGGCGAUCGUGGCGCUGUCCACGCGUGAUGGGAUCUGUCAGGACGGGUGUUUGUCCCGGGUCUGAACGGGGCCUCGAGGAUGCUGUCACCUCUUGUUGUGAUAUAAGUGCCGUGUGUGAGGAGACUCCGCACUUCUCACCGUGACGUCAGCAGAGAGACAAAGAGCUGCCGAUCCUCGGUGUUACUCAGAGACGUGUUUACAAGGAUUUGAUAACGUUAAUAUGAGGGCAGGAGAGAGAUCCUGUGUUGCAGGAAUCUUCUGUUCCUACACAUCUAUGACAUUGUGCUGUGAGAUGUUGUGAAACAGAGCUCGUUGAUUUGUUGGUCGUUUUCCGGCGAUGUCCACACUGGUCCUGAUUUCCAUUAGGAUCUGGUUUUGGGCUUUUCUUUCCACAGCUUACCACAAAAGAAGUGUUAUGCCACAAGUGGCUUUGUGGCAUUUUGCCGCAAGUAGAGACAAUUUGGUACAACUCGCGUGUGAUAUGCUUUAAAGCCGCUGGCCUUAAUGUGCUGUGCAUUGUCCAAUGCAUUCGCUUUUGCAUUUUUAUAAUGUACUGAACUGAAAUUAUAAUUGAAAUAUUUCCAUUUAUCUAUAGUGUGGACAUGGCCUCAUAUAGUGACUCUUUGGUCAGUAAAUCAGAUUCCCUCUGCGUCAGCGCCACCUGUGGGUUGUGAGCAGUUUGCAGUCUUGAGUGAUGUGUUUUGUGAAUAAAUACAAAUAAAAGCUUUUUCUUCAAGAAACUUUGGACUCUUUUUUUUUUCUUUUCAAAUUGUA